GACGCACUCUGGCGUUGGCGCUCUAUCCACCACGACAACUGGGCUGACUGGCUGACGCUCGCUCGCUGCUGAGAUUGGGCCAACAACAACAACAACAACAUCCACACCCCUCCACCUCCAUCCACCCCAUCUUGUUUGGGACACUCUCAAACACACACACACACACACACACACACACACACACACGUACACCUAGCACACACACACACACGUGCACCUAGCACACAUCACAUCACACACAGCACGCAAUGGAAUCGGACAAGCCACACAGCUGGGUCGAGAUCAUCGAGCCCAGCUCGGGGCGGAAGGUGUAUGCCAACACAACGUCUGGCGAAUGCCUGUGGAAACCGCCAGCUGGCGCCAGCUUUAAACCCUGCUCUGAGGAUCAAUGGUGGGAGUUGAAGGAUGCAAACUCUGGCCGUGCAUACUACUACAAUGCCACAACCAAGGUCACAGUCUGGGAUCGGCCCCAGCAUGGUGACAUUGUGCCGCUUGCCAAGCUCCAGGAGACACAACGACAAAUCGUGGAGAAGGAGGAAGGUCAGUCGCGCAGAGGCACUGCAACAGGGCAGGAAGCACAAACACAAGCACAGCAGGCGCAGCACGUACAGCAGCAAGCUGCUCCCACAACAGCAUCACGCCGCAGUUCACAGGGCCCGCCCGUCGCUGCAAAGCGCAAGUCGCAAAUCAUCAUGCAAGCGCAACAGCCAAACACACAACAACAGCACCAGCCAGGCGGUGCACAACCACCAAAGCCACCAAAGCCGCCGGCCAUGGACUACUCCGAGGUUGCCAGCAGCUCGCCAGAUCUCAAGACGUUCAAACACAACCUGGCUACACACAAGAAGGGCCUCUUCCGCAGGAAAGUAUCGCUGCACAACAUGCUGUCGUGGUCCCCGAGCGCAAUACCGAGGCCGAUGCUGCUCACCCUGAAGAAGGAACACAAGCGGCAGGCGCUGGAGAUGUUCAAGCUCUCACAGAUGUACAUGGGCGACAGAAACGCAAAAGGGCGCACGCCGUAUGCGGUCGCGAAGGAGAUUAUGUCCAUGUGCUGGGACGAGUCUGACGCCCGCCUCAGAGACGAAUUUUUCGUGCAGCUCUGCAAACAGACAACGGGGAACACAAAGCUGGACAGUUGUGAGCGCGGCUGGGAGCUGAUGGGAAUUGCGCUCAACUUUUUCCCACCCACGACCAAGUUUUUCACGUACCUCAAGGGGUAUAUCGCACGACACAUUGAGGACCAGCCAGGGGACAUUGGUGUGCUGAGCGAGGCGUGCUUCAAGCGGCUCAUCAGAAUAGCCAAGACGGGACGCAAGCAGGGCGCACAGCAGCCGUCAGAGGACGACAUUGAAAACGCAGCGCGCAAGCUGCGCAACCCGUCUGUGUUUGGGUCGAGCCUGGAUGAGAUUAUGGCGCUGCAGUAUGAGACGCACCCCGAGCUGUCCAUCCCGCGCGUGCUGCAGGUCCUCUCCAACGCCGUCCUCGAGCUUGGCGGCACACACACAGAGGGCAUCUUCAGGGUACCUGGCGACAUUGACGCUGUGAAUGCGCUGAAGCUGCAGAUGGACCGCGGGCAGGCGCCGAGCAACCUGCACGACCCGCACGUGCCGGCCUCGACCCUCAAGCUCUGGUUCCGAGAGCUGACCGACCCAAUUGUUCCCGAGGACUUGUACGAUGAGUGUGUGGCGGCGAGCCAGGACUCAGCCAAGGCUGUUGCUGUGGUUGAUAAGCUUCCCUCAGUCAACAAGAACAUUGUCCUCUUCAUCACCCGCUUCCUUCAGUUGGUUGGGCGACCGGAGAACCACGCGCACACGAAGAUGACGUACGACAACUUGGCGAUGGUGUGGGCACCAAACUUCCUGCGCUGCCCGAGCGACGACCCGCUUGUCAUCUUCAACAACACCAAGAAGGAGAUGCAGUUUGUGCGCCAGCUUGUCCUCCACUUGAACACGGACAGCGUUGAGCACCUGUUCACGGCGUCGUGCUGAUGUGCCGCACGCGCUGAACAUGGUUGUGCCGCAUUUUGGAAGAGGGGAGGGGAGUGGUGUUGUGUCAUGUUGACACUCGCGUUUGUGCCAAGGCUGGUGUGCGCUCGCCAUCGCAUCAUUUUCAACUGUGGCCUGUUGUCGGUUUGUUGUCGUUUGUCAUCAACUCGUCCACCCAAACCUCUCCUCCUUUUUGGUUUUGCUUUCUGCACAUUGCUUGAUGAUAGGUUGUGUGUGUGUGUGUGUGUGUGUGCGUGUGUGUUUUCAUGCUCGUUUCUCUCUUCGCACGUGUUCUUUCUUUGUUCCUUCUUCACAGUUUGGUUCGCUUCCUUUUCUCUUUGCCCUGCGAGUGAUAUCGUGUGUUGCUGUGUAAUUCGUGAGGGUGUGUUCCGUGCGCACGGUUGGAACAAGGGCUUGCGUGCUCCUGUCUCGAUAAACCAAAACUGAGCACA